AUGUCCUCGACAGCAGAACCAGCAACCCCCAGCCACAACGCCCCCUGGCACGCGCCCCUCGCCUCGCACCUCCUCCGCACAAAAACCACCUCGUUCGCCCUCAGCACAGUCGCGCAAGACCCGCAAACCCACACCGCCGUCCCGCGCUGCCGCACCGUCGAGUUCCGCGGCUUCUGGCCGACCCCGGCGCUCCAUGGGAAUGCCAUCGAGGCGCUCAAUGCCCAGGGCAUCGGCGUGAACCCGGCCGUCUACGAGAGCGACAUGCUCGCCGUGACAACGGAUAUCAGGAUGGAAAAGGCGGCGCAGGUGCGGGGUUCGGCGGGGUUUGUGGAGGGUGUGUUCUGGGUGCCGGGUGUGGGGGUGCAGUGGAGGAUUAGGGGGAGGGCGUAUGUUACUGGGGGUGGGGGUGGGGGAUGUGGCUUGGGGAUAGACGGGGAGGAGGAGGAGGAGAAGGUAGCCAGGGAGAGGAUUAGAAGGGGGAUGAGGAGGACGGUUUCUGAUGGGGAUGCGGAUGCGGAUGCGGAUGCGGAUGCGGAUUGGGAUUGGGAUAGACAGGUUACGGCUUAUUUUGCGAAUCAUUCGCCUGUUAUGCGGGGGUCCUUUAGGAAUCCCCCCCCCGGGCAAUUGCGGUCUCAGGCUCCCGAGGAUCCGCGGCUUGGUCUUGGGCAGACGGUCGAGGAUCUUCUGGAUCCUGUCGCUAGGAGGAAUUUCCGAGUGGUGGUGAUUGCGCCUGAGGAAGUGGAGAGGCUGGAUUUAACGAACUAUGAGAAGGUAAGUAGAACGAGGUGGGUGCUUGUUGGGGAGCAGGCUGGAGGGAGAUGGGAAGAGUUUGAUCUGUGGCCAUGAUUUGGAUGCCUUUUUUUUUUUGAGUGUUUGUAGAGCUGUAAUCUACAAAGAACGUAGCAAAUGUGUUGUGUUUCUGUGUUAUUUACGGCGGAGGAGCAGGCAGACAAAGGGACAAAGAGCAUUAUUCAAUCCCGAUUGUGUUUCCCUCAUUUUACUAGACCUCUAGAGCAAUUAUUGCCCUCUUGAUUACCCUACUUCUCAAUUCAUUUACCAAGAGACUGCUUACAGCCACGGGUUGAGUUCAACUGCAAUCGUUUUCAGUCGGACGGAAAUAAUGACCCUCAUGGGAAUACAACCGGUUGGCGCAGCAGACAAACAAGUCCAACCCCCCCAACCUCCAGCAGACGACGACAGAACAGAGACAGACAUCUCCUCCUCCUACCGUCCUAGAAGCAACUCCCCCGUGCAAG